GAUGCCAAUUUUUUUAAGACUACAAAAUUUGUCAUGGAAUGCCACUGCUUUGGAUAUCAGAAAGUUUUUUCAUGGUCUGUCUAUACCAGAGGCUGGCGUUCAUAUUGUAGGCGGAAAAGACGCUGUCGCUUUCAUAGCUUUCUCAACUGAUGAUGAUGCCAGAAUAGCCAUGAAAAAGGAUGGCUAUAUGAUAUGUGAUUCUCGAAUUAGACUUAUGUUAUCGUCAAAAGCUGAAAUGCAAAAAGUUAUUACUAGAGAACGAACACAAGUUGUUGCUGAUGAUCAAGAGACCAUACCCGUAAUGAGAAAUACGGGAGAUAAAAGAAUACCCCAAAUAAUCUAUGAUCCUCCGAGACGAGUAGUUAAUCAGAAAAAGUCUUCGUAUCGAGAGAGUAACAGUAGCAUUCCAAAGCAUAUCUCGAAAAAUCGUUCAUUCAAAACAGUAUUUAAUGGCAUAUUAAGUGAUUGCAAACAUUUCCCAGAUUCUUGGGAGUCAAGACAGUUGGAAAAAAGUGCUUAUUAUAGCAAAGAUCAAGACUCUCCAGUAGACAGGAGAAACGUUAGUCCAGUGGAACUUUCAUAUCAGACAGGUGAAGAGAGCUAUUACUCACGUAAGAGACAGUCGCAUUAUUUACAAGAUUACGAGACCAGCUCACAAAAAAAUUAUGCUUUUGAUCAUGAUCCAUCCAGGAAAAGGUGGAGGGAAACAUCCGAUUCAUUAUGGAUGGAUCCAUAUGAUGAUGUAGCCUCGUAUGUCAGAAUGAGUAGAUUUAUCCCCGAAGUGAAUAUUUUCGAAAUUCAAAAUUUUUUUAUGGAUAUUGGUAUACGUUUGCAUAAAGAAAAUAUUAAAAUGUUGAGCGAUGAGUGGGGUAAUCCGAUAGGGGAAUGUCUAAUAGAGUUCCCAAAUAAGAAGCUUAGCUUUAAAGCUGUUGAAUAUUCUGGCUGUUAUUUUGGAAAGGAUAAGGUGAAGAUAUCCUUUUCAGACUAUUCAUAUUUUAAACAUGCUGUAGAGUACGAUACAAAUUACUAUUGUGGUGAUAGGGGUAGUUCAGAAUCGCAAUUUGAAACUUACGAACAAGAGAAGGAAGAACACGAAGAAGUGGAUGGUAGGUAUGCAAAACAUUGGCAUUAUCAUGACGAUUAUGAAGAAGAAAAGAGCAGUGAGGAUGUAUUUGAGGAGAUAAAAGAUAAGAUAAUAAUGAUUAAAGAUGCUCCUUAUAAAUGCCUUAAUAGACCAGAUAUUUAUAAGUUAUUUCCGAAAGCAAGAUUGAAACAAAUCUAUUUUGAAUAUGAUGGAUUCGGUAAAGUAAAUGGAAAUAUAUAUGUUGAAUUUGAAAAUUACUAUAAUUAUAUAGAUGCACUAAAGAGAAAUAAUUACUUGUUGAAAAAUAAGCCUAUUAAAUUGAUUUCAAUUUCAAACGAAGAGAUUGUAUCACGUAUCCAAACUCAUCAAGAACUAAUAAAGAAGCAAAAGAAAGCAAAAUAUGCAAUUGGACCUUAUAAGGAGUUUUGUAGAACCCCUACACGUAUUGAGCAUGUUGAACCAACAUCCGACAAUGUAACUCGUAUAAAAGUAAUAGAUGUAUCACAAGAAGCCUCUUUAAGAGAUCUAAUCAAAUUUGCUAUGUGUCAUAGUCCAAUAGAGCAAUUUUCGACAAUGAUUGAAAAGAGAACAUCGAAUGAUAUAUAUCUAGCAUUUGCAACAAAAUCCGAAGCAGUGAACUUUAUUCAAGAUUUUAAAGGAAAGAAGUUAUUUUUUGGAAAAUUAAUUGAUUGCAAUCUAGUUAUAAAUGACAAUAAAGAAGACUGA